GCUGCCCCCUGGCGGCCGGCGCUCACGCGCUUCCUCCGCCCCGGCGGGGUCCAGCGGGCCGGCUGGCCUGGUCAGUGCGGUGGUGGCCACGGCGGCGGGCCCCGCGCCGGGGCGAGGACCGGGACGAGGAGGAAGUGGCGGCGGCGGCGGGACUGCGCGCCCGGAGCCCCGUUCCGCGUCCCCGCCGCCGGGAGGAGGUGCCCGCACGCUCGCGGCGCGCGCCGGGCCGCCAGACUCGGCCUGUGGGCGAUUUCCUCCGGACCCGAGCUCCCCGCCCGAAGAGGAAGAUGCAGACCUUUCUGAAAGGGAAGAGAGUUGGCUACUGGCUGAGCGAGAAGAAAAUCAAGAAGCUGAAUUUCCAGGCCUUCGCCGAGCUGUGCAGGAAGCGAGGCAUAGAAGUCGUGCAGCUGAACCUGAGCCGGCCGAUCGAGGAGCAGGGCCCCCUGGACGUCAUCAUCCACAAGCUGACCGAUGUCAUCCUUGAAGCCGAUCAGAACGACAGCCAGUCCCUGGAGCUGGUGCACAGGUUCCAGGAAUACAUCGAUGCCCACCCGGAGACCAUUGUCCUGGACCCUCUUCCUGCCAUCAGGACCCUGCUUGACCGGUCCAAGUCCUACGAGCUCAUCCGGAAGAUCGAGGCCUACAUGAAAGACGACAGGAUCUGCUCUCCGCCCUUCAUGGAGCUCACGAGCCUGUGCGGGGACGACACCAUGCGACUCCUGGAGGAGAACGGCCUGGCCUUCCCGUUCAUUUGCAAAACCAGAGUGGCUCAUGGCACCAACUCUCACGAGAUGGCCAUCGUGUUCAACCAGGAGGGCCUGAGCGCCAUCCAGCCGCCCUGCGUGGUCCAGAAUUUCAUCAACCACAACGCUGUCCUGUACAAGGUGUUUGUGGUUGGCGAGUCCUACACUGUGGUCCAGAGGCCCUCGCUGAAGAACUUCUCCGCGGGCACGUCAGACCGCGAGUCCAUCUUCUUCAACAGCCACAACGUGUCGAAGCCAGAGUCCUCGUCGGUCCUGACCGCGCUGGACAAGAUUGAGGGCGUGUUCGAGCGGCCGAGUGACGAGGUCAUCCGGGAGCUGUCCCGGGCCCUGCGGCAGGCACUGGGCGUGUCUCUCUUCGGGAUCGACAUCAUCAUCAACAACCAGACGGGGCAGCAUGCUGUCAUCGACAUCAACGCCUUCCCCGGCUACGAGGGUGUGAGUGAGUUCUUCACCGACCUCCUGAACCACAUCGCCAGUGUGCUGCAGGGCCAGAGCGCGGGCGCGGCGGGCACGGGGGACGUGGCCCCACUGAGGCACAGCAGGCUCCUGGCGGAGCAGGCGGGCGGCCUGGCGGCCGAGCGGACGUGCAGCUCCAGCCCCGGCUGCUGCAGCAGCAUGAUGGGCCAGGAGCCGCCCUGGACGCCCGAGGCUGACGUGGGCGCCGGCAGCACCGCCAAGCUGCCGCACCAGAGACUCGGCUGUACCGCCGCCGUGUCGCCCAGCUUCCAGCAGCACUGCGUGGCCUCGCUGGCCACUAAGGCCUCCUCCCAGUAGCCUCGGAGCCCGGGACCCAGAGAGACGGCGUGGGCCGCAGAGCGCGGCCGCUGGGCGAGCAGCUCCCAACGACGGUGACGCUACUACUAAGGAUUCCCAACGAUCUGAUUCUUCUUCUACUUCUUUUUUUUCCUUAAUUUUUAACCUGAUUUUCUGAUGUCAUGAUCUAAAUGAGGGGUGGGGGUGGGGAUGGAAAGGAACCCCAAGUAGUCCAGCCUCGCGGCAAAGGGAUGAUCCCGCCUGGUUCCUGCUGUGCAGAUGUCUUCACCGAGUUUACACACGCUUGUGUUUUCAACACUAGGUCUGAAUGUGAGGUGGGGCUUGCGUGCGUGCGUGUGUGUGUGUGUGUGUGUGUGUGUGUGUGUGUGUGUGUGUGUGUGUGUGUGUGUGAGUGCCUGGGUACGCCCACAUCUGUCCUUCUCAAUGGCUGCUGUGGGCUGGUCCUUGGGGACCCUGGAGCAGGCUGUCCCGGGUCAGGCCGUCGGUGGCUGAGCAGAGCGAGUAAACGUUUCGCCGUCUCUUCCCGCCCGGCCCCUACACCCCGGCCCGGCCCAUUUCUCUUACCGAUGGCCUCAAGCCCCACCAGGUGUGCAGCUGCCCCUCCCAAAAGCGUGACCCCAAGGAAACCAGAGGCCUCAGCUUCCCUUUCCUUGGGGAAGUCCAUGCAGCAGGUCUGAGCUGUGAUCCACCUGCUGCCACUCGUGAAAGCCAAGGAGGAGGACGCUUCUCCGGGAAGGCCACAGCCCCAGGCUGGCUGCCUCUCUCCAUGUCCCACUCCCCGGAGUCCACUGGGCCCGUCAACACAUGUCCUGUGCGGCCGUGCGAAGGGUCCGCCCUUCCCUAACCAGGGGCCGCUGCUCCCCGGACCUGGGAGGAGGCUGCCCGGCCGAGAGCCUCUGGGCUGAUCCUGCCUGUGCCAAGGAUUUGUGCUGUGACUUUGGGCAAAUCAUUCCAAGAGUUGCUGGGCACUCACGACCAGAGAACUCAAGGGCAGGCUCAACGCCCUACCCCUGCGACGCAGCCUGUCCUUCUGUGAAGUCCACCCAGAUGAGCCUCCCCUUGGCACCCAGGCGAUCGGCGGGGGUCCUCUUCCCAGGCCGGACGAGGCUGCCAGUUGUUCCACGCCUGCCCGGAAGGCCUGAUCCAUACCCCUCCCGUGUUCACUGCCCACCCCCAGCACUGAGCCAGCCAGGGGCGAGCAGGCUGCAGCCCCAGAGGUGAGAAAACGUUCCCUGCUUCUCCCGUCCGAGCCCCCAGCCCCUGAUGGCAGCAGACCAGCCGACCACCGGCUAAUCAGUCCAGUUCCACAGUCCAGGUGGGCAGGCAGCCCCCUUGGCAGAGAAGGGGACCAGUGAGGGGCUUGAUCAGUCCUCUGUCAGUAUGCCCACCCGGUGGGAAACAGCAGACCCCCUGAAGCAUGAGCGUGUGUCUUCAGAUAUCAGGCAGUCAGAGGGAGGGGAACAGGCCUCUGGGCCGUCGUGCGAGGUCCAGGGAGGGUGCCACGAAAGAAGCUGCUGAGCCGGGCGUUUGGAGGCACCUUCAGGCCUGGUCAGCAGGGACACAGGGGUCGCCUGCCUCUAGGAGAGGAAGGGCUGGGGUGAGGGGUGCUGCCCUCCGAACUGGCCGGCUUGUCCUAGAAACCAAGGGCCCGCCGACAACCGUGUUUACACGACUUGAGUGUUGAACCCCGAUUAUAAUGUCUGUACGUCACCUUUCCUCGUCUGACCCCCGAGCUCCAGGGGAAGCAGGAAAGCGUGGCCGGCCUCUUGCACUGCUUUGUCUCCAAAAUAAACUACUGAAAUCAAACUGCA